UUGCCUGCCACACUUCGUUGUGAGGGAGGGAGCGAGCGUCACCAUGCCGUGCACGCUGAUCGCCAGGGAACUCGCUCGCGGUUGUCUCGGGAGGCGCUCGUGUUCGCUUGCGACUGCGAGAUGCUUGUCCGUGUCGGCUGCAUGCCGGGAGAAGGAGCGAGGGUGGCUCAAGAAGAUGUUCGUGCAGAAGGUGGACCCACGCACAGAUGCACACUCUAACCUGCUCUCCAAAAAGGAGACGAGCAGCCUCUACAAGCUGCAGCUUCACAACGUGAAGCCAGAAAAUCUAGAGGACUACAACACAAUCUCAGCGGAGGCACUGAUGAAAUUGCACAACGAUGCGAGCUACCCGUGCGAGCUGGUGGGCUCUUGGAACACGUGGUACGGCGAGCAGGACCAGGCCGUGCACCUGUGGCGAUACAUCGGUGGCUAUCCAACUCUGAUGGAUGUUAUGAAUAAACUGAGGCAGAACAAGGAGUACCUGGAGUUCAGGAGGGAACGGAGUAAAAUGCUCCAUGCACGUAAAAACCAACUCUUGAUGGAGUUUAGCUUCUGGAAUGAGCCCCUCCCCAGGCCUGGGCCGAAUAUUUACGAGCUGCGGAGCUACAGACUCAAGCCAGGCACGAUGAUCGAAUGGGGAAACAACUGGGCUCGAGCCAUCCGCUUCCGGCAGGAGAACAACGAGGCUGUGGGGGGGUUCUUCUCCCAGAUCGGUGACCUCUACAUGGUGCACCACCUCUGGGCCUACAAGGAUCUUCAGAACCGCGACGACACUCGCAACUCGGCCUGGCAAAAGCGGGGCUGGGAUGAGAAUGUUUACUAUACGGUGCCCCUCAUCCAGCAGAUGGAGUCUCGGAUCAUGAUCCCGCAACCAUUCUCACCCUUGCAGUGAGCGACCAUUGACUUGCAUGUCAGCCGGUUCCCCCUGUCCCACACAGCCCAUGCACUACAUGGUUAUGCUCCGGACGUGUGCCUCACACACGAGUACAGCUCUUGCCCUCUGUGAUAGGUUUUGCUUUGGAUUUUUUGCUCUCUGGAAACAAUCGGGCAGUCUGCGUAGCAAAGCAGGUGUCACCGCUUUUAAAUGAGGCUGCAUUCUUACCCUUGCAGAGAGAGUGAGCGCACACAGCAUGUAGGCAUUAGUCUUGUGUCAAACGUCGACCCCGUGUUACCUGGACUCUAAGCACUUUUUUGUGAAGGAUUACCAAGGGUUCUAUGUUUUAUUCUGGUACGGAGGGCUGGUGUAUGCAAUUGGGAGGCUAAUUAACACACUAGAAUGUUCAAGCUCCACUAAUUGGUAGAAUUUGUCAAAUGUUGGGCCUAAUGAGCCACCACCAGCUUCUUUUCUCCUUGUGGGUAUAUACGUGUUCAAUAUAAAACUAUCCAUCUUGGAAGGUCUCUGCAGGUAUAAUUUCCUGUCCAGUGAUAUGAAUAUAAUUAUAUUUUAGAAUCGGUUCUUUUUUGUGCCAUAAUGAUGACAGAUGGAAUGUAUUUUGAAAUCUAAUGUGCUACUUUCCUGAAUACUAAACGUGUAUCAUCACAAGGCUAUAGGGACAAAACACACCAGCUCAAAAACACAAGCUGCCACUGGCAAGGCAUCUACAAGGUGGAUGCACACGAAAAGCAAAAACUCUUCAGUUAAUAUCGCCUCCAAAAAUACCAAAUCACAAAUUUUUUUGUUGUAAAUCACUUACAAGAAGCAUUGUAAAUUUUCGCAUGAAGGUUGUUCCUGAUCUUUUAAUAUUCUGGGUUGUUGUGUGUGGUUGAGGAGAGGCGUGCCGUCGAUAACCACCACACUGAAGGCCAGACAGCUCUAUUUUUUGCAAGGUUGAGCUCAUUCCCUUAAAAUGUUCAAUAUCUUUAGGCAAAAUACACAGGUGAAAUAUUUGAAAAACUCUUAAAAAUAAAAAACACUGCUCUAGAUUUGAAGCUUUCGUGACUGCAAUGAUUCAUAUUCUUAGGUUUUUUCGGUAAAGACACGUAGGUAAAAAAAUAAAAUUAAAAGUUAAUAAAAGUAUUAAUGGAAAUAAAAUAAUAUAAUAAAGCACGACGUUUCGGAGGCAACACAAGUCUCCGUCAUCAGGUGGGACCUUGAUGCAGUAAUUUUAGCUGUGACGGUCCCACCUGAUGAUUUAUUAUUUUAUUUUAUUUCCAUUAUUACUUUUUUUAACUUUUAAUUUUAUUUUUUACCUACGUGACUUUACCGAAAAAACCUAAGAGUACAAACACUGCUCUACUGGUCAUGGUGAGCAACCCCAACUCUUUGCAAGAUUGUGCCAUUCUGUAGUCAUGGCGCUAGGAAUGGUGGGUUUAUUCGGUUCGAGAAUUAUUUUUUGGGAAUGAUGCAUCGGCCUCAAGUGCCUGGAGAGGGUCACGUGAGAAUGACAUUUACAUACAGCGUAUACAAAUAGAAAACACGCCGAUGCUUAAACACGCAGUUCAGUGCCCGCAUCUUAAAAGCUAGACGAAUUGGUAUGCUUUUGAUUUAAAGCUUUCGUGACUGCAGGGAUUCAUAUUCUUGGUUCUUUCGGUAAAGUCACGUAGAAGGGAAAUAAUAAAAUAUAAAACAAUACAUAUAAAUAAAUAUUAAGCAAUAAUUCUCACGAAACGUCGUGAGAAUUUUUAUUGUUUUAUAUUUAUAUUUUAUUAUUUCCCUUCUACGUGACUUUACCGAAAGAACCAAGAAUAUUAAUUAGUAUGCAUCGAUACAUCCGUGCGCCCCUAUUUGUGUAUCCCGCACUUUAAAAAUGUUACUUUCCAAUGCCAAAUUUCCCCAUCUCGCACACACUCGCUGUUGCAGGUGACACACACGCUGACCACUUUUCUUCUUGGGUCCUACACGACUCCUUAAAUGUAAAGGGAUGUUUUAGAGGGCAUAUAUCUCACGCCCAGACAAAGCAACAAGUGUUGGGGUCUUAAAGGGCAAUUUUCCUUUGUGGCCUUCAAUAAUUUUGUUGGAUCCAAAGACUUUGACACCCUAUGUUACCUCCAUGGAACUGAGCUGCUGUGGCAGGGUCAUGCCAAGCCAGGCUGGCCUGGCUUAAGAAAGUGGCAAGUUUUUGUUUUUCCCCCCCACUGCAAAACCCCUGGGCCGUGCCACUGACGUCAGUACAAUAAACGAGUGAAGGUGCAUGCAGAUGAUGCAGUGUCGGCAAUUAGCACCAUUUACAAUCAUAGCAUCACUGUGCAGUUGAUACGAGUAAGACGCCAAUUAAGAUUAAACAGAGUUGGUAAUGGGAGUUUAAAUUUGAUUGAAAACUUAAAACAUUUGGCUGAUGCUCAAUUGUGCGAUGGGCGCGUGUCCUACAGCCUGGAGUAGAAUCGAUUCGGGUGAGUUUAAGGAAUUGACGGGGGGGGGGGGGAGGAGCAGUUUAUCCCAAUUCAUAUUGUGAGAAGAAUCAAUCGUGGUUAAGAAGUCAAGAUGGGAGGGGAGGGGGGUUUGAUUUUUUUGGUGAAGGCCAGCUUAUGAAAAUGAUUAACCUCGCCCCUGACCUGCCUUGAACCCAAGCCAGAUUUAGAUAAUGUUCUGAGGUUGCAGGCCAGUAUAUCGGACUCGGCUCGGCAAAUAGGGAUUGAAAGGACCACCCGUAACUGGAAGGACGCUACGCUGGCCCAGUGCAAAGGGGGUAUUGCUUUGAUUUGAAGCUUUCGUGACUGCAGGAAAAUCCAUACUCUUUGGUUUUUUCGGUAAAGUCACGUAGGUAUAAAAUAAAAUAAAUCACGACGUUUCGGGCGCAACACAGACCAUGCUUUCCCACCUGAUGAUGGACGCUUGUGUUAUACCUACGUGACUUUACCGAAAGAACCAAAGAGUAUGGAUAUUGCUUUCUCAUUGCAUAUCAAGUGUGAACCCAUAGUCACCAUUAUUCUAAUGCUAUAUGUGACCUGUAUUUCAAUCCUAUAUUUUGUGUACAAAUUCUAAAAAAUAUAUAUACGUACAUUUCUGAAAUAAAGUUUCCUGAUUUUUGUUAAAAUGAAUAAAACGAUGUUAAUUUAAAAUGUAGAUGCUUCAUACUGUGCCACCGCGUGUCAGCUUCGACAAAUGUUUGAUUUAAAGUCAAGGGGGUUAAAACAUGAUAACGGGAGUAGCCCUGUUACUGGUUUUAUUUCUCUACGUGAAGUUUUGCUAAAACGUACUUCUCGAUGAAUGAUAAACUACACACAACGCGAUCUGCCAAUCAGUAUCACUUGCAGGGUAAAAGUCCACCAAAUGUUGGCACAACAAUUACCGGUACAGUUCUUCCAUUCCACCGUCCUUGUAAAUGUAAUAAAUUCCAGAUCUCCACCAUUGCUCACUCACUUUACAAACGGGAAUAAAGUUGACUUUGUGGACCUGAAAGAUAAUAUCGGUACAGUCCUUGGUGGCACAACACAAUACUUUUCCCAACAUUUUUGAGAUUUUUUUAUAACCCAGUGCACAAUCCUUUAAGCAUGAAGGCUGUAAAUGAUUUUCGUAUAUCUUGUUUUACAAUCUGAACUCUUGUGGGAUUCACGUUGUUUGAGCAGUUGACGACAUUGGAUAAGCCAGUUUCGGAGUCGGGGUACAAUAUACGGUUUCGCUUUGUACAAUUUAUCCCGAGGUAACAUUUUGAUGGUUAAUAAUAAAUUAUUAGUCUCGAAUUGUUUACAUUUAGCGGUGUUCGUUCAUUUGCACGGCUUGUAACGUGAAGUAAUGUCGGUGAUGUACCCAAUGUUAAAGUUCACAAAUGACGGCAACGUGUGUGCACUUAAGUCACUGGUAAAUUCCCUUCUCACAAUUCUGUAGGGACAAUUGCACCACCAUUGAUAACAAAUACGAUAUAUUUCUACGUGCACUAUCGUCUUCAGAUGGCUAUAAGAAGAAAUGAUCAACUUACGGUGAAUAAGAACUCUUAAGAUUAACACUAAAAAAUAUGAAUGUAGGUGCACGGUUCAACCUCACCAACUUUUUUUGGUAAUUUGUCUAUGCCCGAAGCGAGAAAAACACACUUUAGUUAAUCGCCCAUGAGUUUGUUGUAAUUUUUUUCAUGUCACAUGGCACAAUGAUGCAACUUAAUAAAAUUUCAGAUGGUACGCUUUCCGCGAAUCGUAUCGUCUUGGCCGAUACAAGGCGGCCAAAUGUUCCUCUUUGGAAUAAUAAACUUGCACUCGCAAACCGUGGAGACGUGACUAGCCAUGACGCUGAUUACGUGGCCAGUUGAAAUACCAUGGGGUUGUAAAUAAAGUGGAGAUUGAAUCCAAAUGUGUGGACUGCUCCCACGGCCCUCUGCCCAGCCA